AUGAAGGAGGCCAACUACCACAAUGAGAAGAUGAAGGCGUACUGCAAUGCAGUGUGUCGCCUCGAGGACAAGUUCGACGGGCUCAAGCUUAACCACAUCACGCGCAAGUACCACGAGGAAGCGAACGAACUGGCCAAUAUCACAUCUGGCCGGACAACCAUUCCCCCGAAUGUCUUCAUCCGCGACCUCACCAAGCCAUCCGUCGACUUUAAGAACCCUACGGAAGCCACUGGAGUGGCGCCCAAACACUCGGGGGCUGCGAUCGUGGAGACAUCAGCCAAAGACCCCUCGACGGAGGAGCCCGAGACCAUGGACACUGACAUCGAGACAUCCUCGGUGGACGAGGCUGAGGGCAAGGAGCUGAUCCGAGACAUCCACGCUAGCAUCUGCGGUCACCACGCUGCACCGCGCACCCUCGUGGGCAAUGCAUUUCGGCAGGGCUUUUACUGGCCCACCGCGGUUGCCGACUCCACCGAUGUCGUGCGGACCUGCGAGGGCUGCCAGUUUUACGCUUGGAAGACACACCUCACGGCUCAUGCUCUGCAGACCAUCCCCAUCACAUGGCCGUUCAUCGUUUGGGGACUGGACCUCGUUGGGCCACUGUAG